AUGGACAAGACUGGCUACGCAGGCUACAGCCUCUCAGGCCGAGAGCGAUCAAGAUGGCCGCCUCUCACGCGAAUGCUCAUGUCUGGAGAGAUGUCGGACGAGAAACCUCGAGAACUCUAUCUGAAGGAAAAGUUCGACAGAUGGAUGGUCAAUGAGGGUUACCGAAGAUUCUUCGUCUUUACUUUCCUGAUCUUGCACAUGAUGGUUUUCGGUUUCGGCAUGGCACAUUAUGGCUUCAAGGACAACUCGAUUGGCGCGCGGAACACGUUUGGCUUCACGUUCCCAGUCGCUCGCUCAGCAGCUUUGACGCUACACGUCGACGUAGCUUUCAUCCUAUUCCCCGUAUGCAGGAACCUGAUUUCAAUGGCGCGUCGAACUCCCCUCAACGGCAUCAUUCCUUUUGACAAAAACAUUACCUUCCACAAACUCGUCGGAUGGUCCAUUGUCUUUUUUUCCUGGCUACACACCAUUGCGCAUUGGAGGAACUUAUGGCUUUUCGCUCAGGUCAACAAACUCGGAUUCAUUGGUUUCCUCAUUGCCAACCUGGCUACCGGACCUGGAUGGAGUGGUUAUGUCAUGUUGAUUGCGUUGUCUGCUAUGGCCUGGACCGCUGCCGAGAAACCACGACGAGCACAGUUCGAACGCUUCUGGUACACUCACCAUCUCUUCAUCAUCUUCUUCGUUUUCUGGUCCAUCCACGGUGCGUUCUGUAUGAUUAAGCCCGACUUUGCGCCCUUCUGCGACGGUAUCGGUGUCUUCUGGGAGUAUUGGAUGUAUGGUGGAUUUGCGUACCUCGCCGAGCGAACAUCGCGCGAAAUCCGUGGACGUCACAAGACGUACGUCUCCAAGGUGAUUCAGCACCCCAGCAACGUCUGUGAGAUUCAGAUCAAAAAGGAGAACACAAAGACGCAGGCUGGUCAGUACAUCUUCCUGUGCUGCCCAGAGGUUUCGAUCUGGCAAUACCAUCCAUUCACGCUCACUAGCGCACCCGAGGAGGACUACAUCUCCGUCCAUGUCCGUAUGGUUGGUGACUUUACGAAAGCGCUCGGAAAGGCACUUGGCUGCAACCUUGAGAAGGGCGGCGCCAAGGGUGAAAAAGACGGAGCCACAGAGGUCGCACUUCGCCAGAUCCUUCCGCGAGUCUACAUUGACGGUCCUUUUGGUUCUGCAUCUGAAGACGUGUUCAAGUUCGAGGUCGCCGUACUUGUUGGUGCUGGUAUCGGUGUGACACCUUUCGCUUCUAUUCUCAAGAGUAUCUGGUACCGGAUGAACUACCCUCAAGGCCGCACUCGUCUACGGAAAGUGUACUUCUUCUGGAUUUGCAGAGAUUUCGGCUCGUUUGAGUGGUUCAGAUCGCUGCUCUUGGCCAUCGAAGCUCAGGAUCUUGACGACCACAUCGAGAUUCAUACCUACCUCACCGCUAAGAUUAAGGCCGACGACGCGACCAACAUCAUGAUUAACGAUGCCAACGCCGAACAAGACGCCAUCACCGGUCUCCGCGCGCCCACAAACUUCGGCCGCCCCAACUGGGACAUGAUCUUCAAGUCCAUCCGCAAGAUCCACGCGCCCGCAGAAGCUGGUGUUUUCUUCUGCGGGCCCAAAGUCCUCGGCUCGACCCUCCACAUCAAGUGCAACAUGUACUCGGAGCCCGGCUUCAACUUCGUGUGGGGCAAGGAGAACUUCUAA